AUGAAGGUCUUACUCGUGUUAUAUGAUGCUGGCAGCCAUGCUCAAGACGAGCCCAAACUUCUUGGAUGUACUGAGAACGAGCUUGGUAUUCGCAAGUGGUUAGAAGACCAGGGUCACGAACUUGUCACUACUUCUGACAAGGAAGGACCCAAUUCAGAGCUUGAUAAGCACAUUGUGGAUGCUGAGGUUAUCAUCACUACCCCCUUCCACCCUGGUUAUAUCAGCAGAGAGAGAAUUGAGAAAGCCAAGAACUUGAAACUUUGUAUCACAGCCGGUGUUGGAUCAGACCACAUUGACUUGACUGCUGCUAAUGAGCACAAGAUCGCUGUUUUGGAAGUCACUGGAUCCAAUGUCACUUCAGUUGCUGAGCACGUCGUCAUGACUAUCUUGGUUUUGGUGAGAAAUUUUGUUCCUGCUCACGACCAAUAUGUCAAUGGUGGCUGGGAUGUCGCUGCUGUUGCUAAGGAUUCUUAUGAUAUCGAGGGUAAAGUCAUUGGUACCGUCGGAGUCGGCCGAAUUGGAUCCAGAGUUCUUCAAAGACUCAAGCCCUUUGAUCCCAAGGAGUUGUUGUACUUUGAUUACCAACCACUUGCACCUGAACUUGAGAAGCAAAUUGGUGCCAGACGAGUUGACAAGCUCGAAGACAUGCUUGCUCAAUGUGACAUUGUCACCAUCAACUGUCCUCUUCACGAGAGCACUCGCGGUCUCUUCAACAAAGAGUUGAUCUCUAAGAUGAAGCAAGGAGCCUGGCUCGUCAACACUGCUCGUGGCGCCAUCUGUGUCGCCGAAGACGUUGCCGACGCUGUCAAGUCCGGCCAACUCCGAGGAUACGGAGGAGACGUCUCCUACCCCCAACGUAAGUCACACCCACACCCACGCACUCCUCGAGCAAAGCUCGAGGAGCCACGGGGUCUGGGGCAGAGCCCCAGCCGCCGGAGGCAUACUCCCCUCCCCACAAUCUGA